AUGAAAGGUGGUAUAAUUCGCGAAGAAUAUGCGAUGUUGCGAGGAGAGCCGCAGAGCUCCAGCUCCACGUGGCAUGGCGUUCCAAGCAACCAGCGUGGGGACAUGGAAACUGCUAGUGGUCGCCCCGCCACAGCUCUUACAUCAACGCUUGUAUCCCGCAUGGAGGCGCUGCGGCAGCAGUUGCUAAGAGUCUCAAGCACUCUCUCAGGCGUUCAGGAGCGCGCUGCACACCUCGCCUCCUCGAUGGGCCACCGCAGCCACACGCUGCUGUACAGCGACGGAGGCGCCGCCGUCGCUCAUUCCCCUUCAUCCUUCCGCACGGCAGUACCAGCACCCGGAUCAGACUUACCCACUCAGAGGUAUUACCCGCCGAUUGGCUACUCGGACGUUCCGGGCAGGGACCGCCCCGCCUCGCCGUACUAUGGCAACGUCGCCGUCCUUUCGGGCGCACUGGAAGGAUUGUCGUACCAUCCCUUCGAGCUAGGAAGUCCAGCGGGUCGUACAAUGCACGUGGCGCUACCGGCGCAGGAGAGAGCAGGGGCCCCGGGAUACAGUGGGCUGCCGUACUAUGGAUUGGCGGACAAGACGCACUUUGGCGAUGCUGAGCCGUCGUACAAUGUCACGACCACGCCGUACAGUACACGGCAUCUGUACGACCGCAGUCGGGACGGUGACGGGCACGAUUACGUCACGGCGAAUAAGGGCCACCCUCAUGACGGCGACGACGGAGUCCGUCGUGACCGACAGAUGUACGACAGGUCAGCCACUGGCGUGCCCGCGACGACGCUACGCCCGUCGGCGGCGGCGGCAGCGGCGGCGGCAACCACUGCCGCCGCCACCAGUGCCGCUAACACUAGGGCAUCUCCGACGACGACGACGACUCUUACCAGCGCCUUUACCAGGCAGCUGGACUCCCCUGUCCUGCAGGAGCUCCUGAUGGAGUCGCCGCGGCCUCUCACGGCUAGAAGCUUCAGAGACCACCCUGCCCAACGGCCGCUGUAUCGUGAGCAGCUUUCAGCCCCGGCGGCGGCGGAAACCGCCGCCACCGCCGCCACCGCCACCUUGUCCUCCUCCCGUCUCGGCGACCAGCGCGGCAACCGUCGUUUCUCCUCCGGGGCUACCUCCAUUGAGUCCAGCCUCGAUGCAGAACGGGUCUAUCCCUGGAGUGGUGGCGGCGGCGGUGCCGGCGGCGGCAGCGUAAGCAGCAGCGGAGUGCCUUGCUACGUUCAUGCCAGCGGCGACGCGCUGGACCGCUCCAGCAGCCAUGGCGGCGCCGCUGUCUCGGUCGGCACUGCUGACGCCGUACGAGCCCACAACGACCGUCGCUCGUCCCUGGGGGGACGGUCGGAUUUGUCGUCGAUCGACGCCGCCAGGGUGCACCCGUGGGGCGGUGGCGGCGACCCACCGUCGUACAGCCUUCGCUCCGCCGACGGCUCCUUGGAGCUCAUGUCCGCGGCGUCGUUCUCACCGCUGACUGUGUACGACAACGACGUGGGUGUGGAGCUGGGCCACGACGGCGGCGGCAGCGGCGGCGGUGGUGGUGACGGCGGCAGCAGGGAGAAGAGGCCGAGUAUCAGCGGCCGUAGCGUCGGUGACGGCAGCUGGUUGCUGCUGAGCCCGACGGUGGUGGUGAGGGAGGCUGGCGGCGGCAGGGGUACGGCGGUUGAGGAGGUAGAGGCGACGGAGGCGAUGGCGAAAGCUGUUGCUGAAGGGCGGAUGCCGCCAGUAUGUGUAUCGGUGAAUGUCUCAGGACAACACGAGCAGGAUGUGACGGAUGUAGCGAACACGCAGCAGCAGGAGGAGGAGGAGGAGGAGAAUUUUAAAGAUCAGCAGGGCGAACAGCGGGAUGGCGACGGAAACGCAAUGAAGAAGUACGGCGGUUUUCAAGAUCCUAGGCAAGGUAUUGUCCAGCAUAAUGGUGGCGAUGAAGAAGGGGUGGAGAAGGAAGAGGAGCAGGCGGGGGAGGAAGAGGAGCAGGAGCCCAGCGUCGCCGUCAGCCCGGUGUCUCCAGCGCCGCGGACGCCGUACGACGCUGAUGGUGCUGGCGGUGCUGGCAGCUGCAGUGGCAGCGGCUCGACGACGCCCACGCCGCGCGCGGACCUGAGCUUUGCGUUUCACUCGGUCAGCUUUGCGGUGCGGAGCGGCUCCGACGGCGACGGCGACGCCGAUGGUGACGGCAAGGACUGGCUCCGCCGUGCCAGCAUGUACGCCGGCGAUGAUGAUGACGACGGCGACGAGGGCGAUGGUGGUGACGGGGCCCGCAACAAACCGACAAGCCAUCGCAGGGUGCAUCCAGAGGCGCUGAUUGAAGCUCUAAAGAGUCGCAGCGAGCGACAGGGCGGCGGCAACAACGCCCCCGCCCCCGCCGAUGACGAUGACGAGGUGCUCAAAACGCCCACCCAUGAUAAUACUUCCUGGGGGCGUGUGAAGCUCCGCUACCCCAGCGCCAGUGAUGAUGCCGCCGUCAGCGACGGCGACAGCGACGCUGGUGGCGGAGGUGGAGGCCCCGCCGCCGCCGCUGGCCCAGCAGCGACCCGCCGUCGUUGGUCGAUUUCGUCGCGGCGUGCGGCGCCGUUUCCCUAUCACAAUGCCGCCGCCGCGACCGCCAGCGACGGCGUGUUCCCGCCUGGAGGCGGUCUGUACGACGGCUACAGCGAGGAGGAUGAGGAAGAGGACCACGACCGGGUAUUGCAGCGGCGGGAGGAGAAGAUCCAAUCGGCGGCAUCCGUACCUCUCGCCAGCGCGUCGUCCGUGGCGGCGGCGGCGGCGCGAGCUGCCGCUUCCGACUUGUACCAGAGCUUUUCCUUUCCAAUGCCGGAGGCGACUCAACGCUCAACGGCAGCCUUAUUCAAGGCCGCUGUCAUUGGGGGUAGUGGCGGUGGUUCGGGCAGCGGCAGGAGCAGCUCAAGCGGGAGCUCCCUCGGCGGCUGGUCACAGCCGUCGCCUGUGCCUUCGCCGUACACGCACGGCGUCGCGGGAUUGCGGACGCCGUCCUCUGGCGGCCGCGCCACUAGCUUUUCCCUGCGGAAGCAUCUGGACCUGACAGUCUCGAGCUGCCUCUUCGCCGACACCUCGUCCGAAGAUGAGGGCGGGGAGGAGGAGGGGCUUCCUAACCCUCCCCAAAUCCUCCCAGCCAACCAAAAGCCGCGCUACCGCCACAUCUUGAGGAGUCUGCUGCGUCACGUCAUUACUGUCUUUUAA